AUGUCCGAUCCCGCGCAAAAGUGCUCUGGGGCCGAUUGCGAAAAUGACGCUGGGACCUUGCAAUGCCCAACAUGUCUGAAGCUGGACAUCAAGGGCAGCUAUUUUUGUUCUCAAGAUUGCUUCAAGAGGAAUUGGACCACUCACAAGGCGAUCCACAAAAUACAGCAUACUACUGGGCUUUACAACCCCUUCCCGGCAUACCCAUACUCCGGGUCUGUCAGGGCCCUAUAUCCACUCUCCCCACGACGACUUGUGCCCAAGACAAUCAAGCACCCCGACUGGGCCAAGGACGGUAUCCCGAAGCGUGAGAAUCGCUUGAGCCGCUCCAAGUGGGACCUCUUGGAUGCAGCGGGUCAGGAUGCCAUGCGCAAGGUUUGCAGGCUGGCCCGAGAAGUACUCGACAUCACAGCUGCGGCUAUCAAGCCCGGCGUGACCACAGAUUAUCUUGAUGAGAUUUGCCACCAGGCUUGCGUGGAGCGCGAUUCAUAUCCUUCUCCACUCAACUACAACCACUUCCCCAAGUCAUUGUGUACAUCACCGAAUGAAGUUGUAUGCCACGGCAUUCCCGAUCAGCGAAUUCUUCUUGACGGUGACAUUCUCAACCUCGACAUCUCACUGUACCAUGGUGGAUAUCAUGCCGACGUGAACGAGACCUACUACGUUGGCGAUAAGGCCAAAGCGGAUCCUGACUCAAUCAGAGUCAUUGAAACGACACGAGAGGCUUUGGACAUGGCUAUUGCCAUGAUCAAACCAGGCACACCAAUUCGGGAGUUUGGCAAAAUCAUCGAGAAGCACGCGGUCUCCAGGGGUCUGGCCGUUGUCAAGACCUGGGGUGGUCACGGUAUCAACUCGGAAUUUCACCCUCCGCCUUGGAUCCCUCACUACGGGAAAAACAAGGCUGUAGGAACGUGUAAACCUGGCAUGACUUUCACAAUUGAACCUAUCCUGACCUUGGGUACCAACCGUGAAAUGAAUUGGCCGGAUGAUUGGACAAAUGUUACGGUGGACGGCAAGCGGACAGCACAGUUUGAACACACCAUGCUUGUCACAGAAACAGGCGUCGAGGUUUUGACAGCGAGAUUGGAGAACUCUCCUGGAGGGCCGAUCCCUAUGCCGGAGGCUGCAAACGCACAGGCAAAGGAUCACUGA